ACCUGUGGUGCUGCUUAUUUUUCUCUUUACCUGUUUAUUUUAUUUUUAUUUUCGCAUAAAUUAGCAAAGGUGCUCCAGGGGUUAGUUACCGUUACCGAAUUCCCCUUGUAGCAACCUUUACUGCUUCGAAAUCUUUCAGGAUAUGGAGGAAAUUUCCGAGCAAAUUGAGAAUGAGGUGGAAGAAGAGGAAUACGUAUUACUUGAUCUUGAAGCUGUUUAUAAACAAUUGCACAUCCCACCAAAUGCGCCCUACGUUCUAUCUGGUUUGGAUACUUUGAAUCCAGUUUUGAUCGUAGGCGACAAUUUGAAGUUGAUAGGAACGUACGAGGAGACAAUUGGUACAUGCCUCAUUUUCUCGGAAAAAGAUGGUGGUCCUUUGGUGCACGAGGAGACGGGCCCAUCAGAUCAAAACCUUUUCAAAGGGAUGUGCAUUGUUGAUCCGAAUCAAACUUCAGCCAAGCAAGUAAAACCUAUUACCAGACUCCAGAAAAUUCUCAAGUUUAGAUUGGCAUCUGAAGUUGAUAUUCAUGACCCUGCAGUUAAAUGAUAUCUACCUUUUAUUGUGAUGUAUGAAUAAAUUUUCCACACUGGGAAAUCUAGUUUCUAAGUAUUAUUGAAAAAAAAAACUGAAACACGCUGGUUAAAGGAAUUACUGAACUUUUCCUUGC